CAGGCCAGGAGGAUGGUGAGUUGAAACGCUGCUGCGGGGGGGGGGGGGGGGGGUGCCCUGCCCCGGGGCAGGGGCCUCUGCCCCGUGCCUGACAUUGGCCACAGGCUGCCCCAGGACGCUCCCCUGGCCCCGGGGACACGCUUACAAGGCCGAGUGUCCUCCCCCUCUGCUUUCCUGCCGCCCCCUGCUCCACAACCCGCCUUCCCGGGCACCUCUGAGCACAGCUGGGGUGGGGCUCCCUUCCUGGGAACUGGGCUUGGCCGCGCCGAGCCAGGAGCCCAGGGCUCCCCUUUACUCAACUUUUGGAGACGAAGAGAUCCCCGGAGGACUGGCCCAGCCACUCCUGGCUCCUCCCGAAUCUCAGGCUCCCUGGCUGACAGCCCAAGGGACCUACAACCUGACAAACAAACUCCGCUGGAGCCGGAGAUGAAGUUGAAGGAACCCGGUGGGCAGUGCCCUUCUCGAAAGAUGGGGAAGACAGCGCCCUGGCAGAGGGAGGCCCAGCAGGCCCAGAAGCUGUGGCCCGAGGCAGCCGGGAUGACAGCUCUCCCCAGGAACCCUGGCACCUGAGAAACAUGAUCAGCAAGUCCCGCUGGAAACUCCUGGCCACGCUGGCUCUGGUCCUGGCCGUCAUGGUUUGGUACUCCAUCUCCCGAGAAGACAGGUACACUGAGCUCUUUUAUUUUCCCAUCCCAGGGAAGAAGGAGCCAUGCCUCCAGGGUGAGGCGGAGAGGAUGGCCUCCAAGCUCUUCGGCAACUACUCCCGAGAACAGCCCGUCUUCCUGCAGCUUAAGGAUUAUUUCUGGGUCAAGACGCCAUCUGCCUAUGAGCUGCCCUACGGGACCAAGGGGAGUGAAGACCUGCUCCUCCGGGUGCUGGCCAUCACCAGCUACUCCGUUCCAGAGAGCAUCCAGAGCCUCAAGUGCCGCCGCUGCGUGGUGGUGGGGAACGGGCAUCGGCUGCGCAACAGCUCUCUGGGAGAGGCCAUCAACAAGUACGACGUGGUCAUCAGGUUAAACAGCGCGCCAGUGGCUGGCUACGAGCGUGACGUGGGCUCGAAGACCACCUUGCGUCUCUUCUACCCUGAAUCCGCCCACUUCAACCCCAAAGUGGAGGACAACCCUGACACGCUCCUUGUCAUGGUCGCUUUCAAGGCCAUGGACUUCCACUGGAUUGAGAGCAUCCUGAGUGACAAGAAGCGCGUGCAAAAGGGCUUCUGGAAGCAGCCUCCCCUCAUCUGGGACGUCAACCCCAAACAGAUUCGGAUUCUCAACCCCUUCUUCAUGGAGAUUGCAGCUGACAAACUGCUGAGCCUGCCGAUACAGCAGCCAUACAAGAUUAAGCAGAAGCCCACCACGGGGCUGUUGGCCAUCACCCUGGCCCUCCACCUCUGUGACCUGGUGCAUAUUGCUGGCUUCGGCUACCCAGACGCCCACCACAAGAGGCAGUCCAUUCACUACUAUGAGUAUAUCACACUCAAGUCCAUGGUGUGGUCAGGCCACAAUGUCUCCCAGGAGGCCCUGGCCAUCAAGCGGAUGCUGGAAAUCGGAGCCGUCAAGAACCUCACGUACUUCUGACUGGGCAGGAGCUGUUCCCAUCCGCCUGCUCACCCUGCCGAGUGCCCCCGUCCGUGGCUGUGGGGGGUGCCCGGUGCCAGCUUGGACUCAGCCUCCCCUGCGUGGGGAGGAGGCCAGGUCUGAGACGAGGCUGUGUCCCUGGCUGCUCUGGUGGAGGCCAGAUCGAGUCAGGGUGGCGGCCGUGAGGCAGCAGGAGCCCGGCCAAGGCACGGGGCUUGUUGCCGUGGCAUCCCCUCUCUGCCAGCGCCGGGAGAUUAUUUAACGGGCUAUUUAAUUAAGGGGUAGGAACGUGCUGUGGGCUGGCCCCGUGGCAUCCAGAGAAGGGGGCAUAUUACAGUGGUCUGCUCACUUUUUACACAAAAGUGAUGGACCCACUACGGCCUAGACCCAGAGCAGGCCUCCCAGGAGGGCGAGGCGUCUGGAGUGGGCGGUGCCCAGAGUGGGUGGUGCCCUCCAGAGAAGGGCUGCUCCCUCCCAGCAGGCAUGGGAAGAGCACUGGCACACGGGUUCCAUGGAGGAGAGGACCUAAAAGGGGUUUCAGACUUAUUAAACUAUUUUUCCUAAAACAGAA